GAGCAAGGGAUCAUUACGAUACCAAACAACGAUCCUCCUUGUAUAAAUUCCGUGGCUAACCGAAUAGAGAAUUAGAGAUCAUUGGAACAUCUGUUGGCGACGUUCUCGUUGUCAUAUAUGGCAGAGAACCCGGCUGCUGCUGCAGUUAAUCACGGCGAAGGCCUCCGGCUACCGGAGACGUCGUCGAUAUGCGUCACGGAGAGCGCCGCACACAACUUCGAGGUGACCAAUUAUGCGCUGCUCCAGGGCCUGGGCGUCGGGAAGUACAUCACCUCAAGCACAUUCAGGGUCGGCGGCUACGAUUGGAAUAUCAUGUUCUACCCGGACGGAAGCAGGAAGGACUUUGCCGGCAACGCGUCAGCCUUUUUGUGUUGUCUCAGUAAGGGGAAGGACGAGGUGAGGACAAAAUUCACCUUAACCCUGCUGGACGGUCAAGGCAAUGCACAGGAAAUCAACAAGGAUUACGUAGCAGCGCACAUCUUUUCUCUGGAAGCUCCGAACAUGGGCUUCCCGAAAUUCGCAGAGAAAUCCAAGCUGAAAUCCUCAUCUCACCUCCUGACUAUACGGUGCGUUCUCACCGUGAUCAAGGAACCGCCCACGGAGUGCCGAAAAAAUCUCAUCGUAGUUCCACCGUCAAAGCUGCCCGGCAACAUCGAGCGCACCCUCAAGGACGGGAAGGGCGCAGACGUCACGCUGCUCGUGGGCGGCAGGGAGUUCAGUGCGCACAGGUUCAUGCUAGCCGCACAGUCGCCGGUUUUCGACGCACAGCUCUUUGGCCCGAUGAUGGACGAGGACACGCGGUGCAUAGAGGUUGUCGACAUGGACCCGCCCAUCUUUGAGAUGCUUCUUCACUACAUCUACAUGGAUUCGCUGCCCCCGUGUGACGAGAAAGGUUGCGAUGCUGCUUCCAUGCAGCACUUGCUAGUCGCGGCAGAUCGGUACGGGCUGGAUAGGCUCAAGGUGAUGUGUGAAGAGGAGCUGUCGAAAAGCAUCAACGUCCACACCGUCACGAGUACAUUGGCGGUUGCGGAUCAGCACUUCUGCGAGGGGCUCAAGAAUGCUUGUGAGGAGUUUCUUUCAGCGCCGGGAAUAGGGGCCAUUGUGUCUUUAAGAAACGGGUUCAAACGCAUGAUGGCAAAGCUAGAAUCCAGGGGCAAGGAGGAGGCAUCUGGCACGCUGACCAAGUAAUCUAGUACUAAGACCCAAAAAUAAUCAUGGAGUAGAUUUUUUAUUCUUUUGGGAACAUAAAUCAUAAAUAUUU